CACGGACCUAGCUGGUGGGUCAGGCAUGGAGGCCACCAUCUUCAGGGUGGAGGUCGUGCAAGGUGUGGCCCUGGAGGAGGGAGAGGUGGCGGGGAUCCGGGAGGAGUUAGGGCUGCUGGUGGAGGACAUCUUGCAAGUGGUGGAAGUGGUGGUGGAGGAGGAGCAGGAGGAGAUGCAGGCAGAGGAGCGGGAGGAGAAGCCCCAGGAGCAGGGGCAGGAAGAGCCAGAACUGGAACCCACGACUGCCCGGCCCCUGCUGGAGGCACUGGGGGCCCUGCAGUUAGAGCUGAGCACUCUGAAUGCCCAAGCCAGCAGGGCAAGCAAGAUGAGUCAGAGCCGGAAUCCUCAGUUGGAUCGCAGAAGGGCCAUCAUCCAGGGCAUUCCUGGCUUAUGGGCCGGAGCCAUUAUGAACCACUCCCAGAUAUCGGCCAUGAUCAGUGACCAAGAUGAAGACACGCUCAGCUGCAUGAUCAAUUUGGAGGUGCAGGAACUGGGCCAUCCCAGACACCACUGCAGGUUGAUGUUUUUCUUUCGGAACAACACCUGCUGCUGGAAUGACAUGAUCAUUAAGGAGUAUCACCUUAGCAUUGCUGGAUAUAGGGCAUCUCGUUCCACUCCCGUCCAGUGGUUCUGGGAUUAUGAAUGAGGAGCCCCCAACUGCAGGCAGGACACCACCAGCCUUAACUUCCCCAACUGGUUGUCUGACCACAACUGCCCAGGGUCUAACAGGAUUGCUGAGAUCAUCGGCGAGGAACUGUGGCCCAAUCCCCUGCACUACUACCCUAGGGAGGAAGGCCCCACCAGGACAGACCCGGAGAUGAAGGUGCCGGGGGAGCCUCAGAGUUUGGCCAAAUAGCACAAGAGGCAGGAGGCAUCUACAGAUGCGGGAGACGCAUGGAUGUAUCUACCUAUGCGGUUCUGGUGCCCAGGGGAGAAACUAGGAAAAGAUGGCCAGUGAAGGUUCCAGAGAGCUGGGCCCCACAUGUGGGGAAUGAUGCCCAGAGAGACAUAAACAAGCUAACAAGU